UUGGCGCGUUCCAUUAGCCAGAAAAGGGAGGUUGUGCAGCACUUGAGGCACUGCAAUACAAUGUAACAGAACUGCAGUGCGCUGGAGUGUAUGUGAGUACUGUAACAUCAGCUCUGUCUAUGAGGGUGGGGUCUGGCUGAACUGGAACCUCAGGCACCGUGAGAAAAAACACCAAAGGAGCAGGAGAGCAAAGGAGAGAGGAAGCACUGGGAGAGGAAGACGACAAGGGAUGAAAGGAGACACCCCUGUGAAUAGCACCAUGAGUGUUGGUCAGGCCAGGAAGCUAGUGGAGCAGCUGAAGAUUGAAGCCAGCAUGUGUCGGAUUAAGGUGUCAAAGGCUGCUGCAGACCUGAUGGCAUAUUGUGACGCCCAUGCCUGCGAAGACCCCUUCAUCACCCCUGUGCCCACAUCUGAGAACCCCUUCAGGGAGAAGAAGUUCUUCUGUGCUCUGCUCUGAGAGACACAGGAAGAUGGCAGCACAUAUCUACACCAAGGAGGAGCAGCCGGAUGGAAGAAGGAGGUCUGCCAGGAAGAGCAUAAACAUGUGUAAUUACCUACAGCAGUGUUUCCCAAUCCGGUUCUCGGGGACCCGCAGACGGUCCACAUUUUUGCUCCCUUCUAGCUCCCUACUAGGAGCUGAGAGGGAGCAAAAAUACGUGGACUGUCUGGCAAGGAGUUCGGAGGGAGCAAAAACGUGGACCGUCUGUGGGUCCCUGAGGACCGGGUUGGGGAACACUGACCUACAGUUUUGAUAUUUAUACACUCAAAGGUCAAAAUACUUUUGCCAAGUCUGAUUUUAAGAAUGAUUUUGCCAUCGUUUUUUAAUCCCUAAUUUUCAUAUAUGUAUUUAUUUAAAAUUGGUCAGUAUUAAUGGACACAGGGAGGAGAGCAAAGAACAGAAAAAACAAGCACUAUGAACUCAAAGUAUAAUUUGCCACUUUUACAAGUGAAACAGUAUUUUUGCCUUGAUAACGUCAUUGGAUUAGUUUGAGAUUUACUAGGCCUGAGAGGUCGAACUUUAUUUGAAUAAAAUCGGAAUUGUAAAAAUAUUUACAUAAUCAACAGCUAAAGUCUACUUCCUGUACCAGCACAUCACGAUAUUUACAGUGAUUGGUACUGGGACUGCCAGAUUUAUAUCUAUCAUGACAACAAUAUUUAAUUAUUACAAAUUCGGUCAGAGCGUCUGAUACAAUGUGUAUUACAACCCUAACCAUGCAUUUACCCAUUGAUAUCUAUAUCUACCUUCCUGGAAGGUAGACUUUUAUACCAGUCUUUUAACUGUUAAAUAUACUGCUCUUUAAUUUACCACUUAAAUACGACACAGAAUGAAAAAUGGGGAAAUACACAUUUUAUCAUCUAUCUUUAGCCUAAUGUUGAAAUUGUGAAAAUUUUUUCCACAAAUGCAAUAUGUAUCCAAGAGAAGCAGCAAUUUACACUUUGAGACACAAAUGUACACAUGGUUAAACAGUGAGAAAGCGGAUGAGGUGAAUUGUCAUAGCCGUGUGUGCUUGUGUAUAAAUUGUGGAAGAGAUGGCCCUGAAAAAGCGUGACAGUGUGUGUCUGUGUGCAAAAUCUGAGGGCAUGGAUUGUAUAAAAAAUCUCAAUAAAGGCCCCUGUCACCAUUUUCUUGUG